AGUGCUUCUUUUUGGCUCUUCCCAGCUCCCGUAGUUGUGUUGGCAGCCCGUUUGUUUUGGCUGUGGUUGUAGGCAUUUGGUGUCAGGUCGAAAACCUGCUUUAAGCUGUGGCAUCAUGUCUGACAAAAGUGAGCUGAAAGCAGAGCUUGAAAGGAAGAAGCAACGCUUGGCACAAAUCAGAGAGGAGAAGAAAAGGAAGGAGGAGGAGCGCAAGAAGCAAGCGGCGGACCAAUUGAAAGAUGCUGCGCAACACCAGGAUGAUUCUGACCUGGAGAAAAAAAGACGUGAGGCUGAGGCUCUUCUACAGAGUAUGGGCAUAACCUCAGAAGCUCCUGUUGUCCCUCCUCCCAUCUCUCCAACUACCAAAUCGGCGGGCACACCAAGUGAGGCAGGGAGCCAAGACUCUGAUGGAGCCGUGGGACCCAGGACUCUGCACUGGGACUCUGACCCGUCCACUCUUCAACUUCACUCUGAUUCUGAGCUGCGGUACUGGACACUCUCUUCUCUCCUUUCCUGGCGUGGAACUCCAAAACUGGGAAUGGCCAAAGUCACACAAGUGGACUUUCCUCCACGUGAGACUGUGUCCUACACAAAAGAGACCCAGACACCUGUCAUGACUCAGCAAAAAGAAGAGGAGGAAGAAGAGGAAGAAAUUGCUGCACCUCAACCAGUAGUGGAGACUCAGACAGAAAAACCGGACCAGAAAGAGGAGGAGGAAGUAGCACCCCCCCACGAGCUGACUGAGGAGGAAAAACUCCAGAUCCUGCACUCCGAAGAGUUUGUGAAUUUCUUCGACCACAGCACUCGCAUUAUUGAGCGGGCUCUAUCAGAGCAUGUGGACCUUUUUUUUGACUACAGCGGCCGUGACCUGGAGGAGAAGGAGGGUGAAAUCCAGGCCGGAACAAAGCUCUCCCUCAACAGGCAGUUCAUGGAUGAGCGCUGGUCCAAGCAUCGUGUCGUCACCUGCCUGGACUGGUCCCUCCAGUAUCCUGAACUCCUGGUUGCCUCAUACAACAACAACGAGGACGCUCCUCACGAGCCAGACGGCGUGGCCUUAGUAUGGAACAUGAAGUACAAGAAGGCCACACCGGAGUACGUCUUCCACUGUCAGUCUGCGGUUCUGUCGGCUGCGUUUGCCAAGUUCCACCCCAACGUUGUGGUGGGGGGCACAUACUCAGGGCAGAUUGUACUAUGGGACAACAGGAGCAACAAGAGGACCCCGGUGCAGAGGACUCCCCUGUCAGCAGCAGCACACACGCACCCAGUGUACUGUGUGAAUGUAGUUGGCACCCAGAACGCCCACAACCUGAUUAGCAUCUCCACUGAUGGCAAGAUUUGUUCCUGGAGUCUGGACAUGCUCUCUCAGCCACAGGACAGCAUGGAACUGGUGUUCAAGCAGUCCAAAGCUGUAGCUGUCACCUCCAUGUCUUUCCCUCUCGGAGAUGUCAACAAUUUCGUGGUGGGCAGCGAGGACGGCUCAGUCUACAUGUCGUGUCGUCAUGGAAGCAAAGCAGGCAUCAGUGAGAUGUUUGAGGGCCACCAUGGGCCCAUCACAGGGAUCCACUGCCACACAGCUGCAGGGCCUCUGGACUUCUCCCACCUGUUUGUUACCUCCUCUUUCGACUGGACUGUCAAGCUGUGGAGCACCAAGAACAACAAGCCGCUUUACUCAUUUGAAGAUAACUCGGAUUACGUGUAUGACGUCAUGUGGUCUCCCACUCACCCUGCUCUGUUUGCUUGUGUGGACGGAGUUGGCCAUCUCGACCUGUGGAACCUCAACAACGACACCGAGGUUCCUACCGCCAGCGUUACAGUGGAGGGUAACCCGGCGCUCAACAGGGUCAGAUGGGCUCAUUCUGGCAGAGAAAUCGCUGUGGGAGACUCUGAUGGACGAGUUCUCGUGUAUGAUGUUGGAGAGCAAACUGCGGUUCCACGAAACGACGAGUGGACCCGUUUUGUUCGCACGCUGGCAGAGAUCAACGACAACAGAGAUGAUGCAGAGGAGCUGGCAGCUCAGCGCCUGGCUGCCUGAUCCAUUCGCCAUGGAGGCGAUAUUUAAGGGACCAGUGGUGCACUUGUUAAUAUCAGCCCUGAUUUUGAUGGAAGGAAAAGAUGUAAUGACAACAUGACUGGAGGAAAUAGAUGAAGUUUUGAUCAGAAAGAAGUAUGGAUACCUUUUGAUUUCUUAGACCUUUCUUAUUUGGACAACUCUGCCUUCUCAUAUAGCUGGACCGUCACCAGUCUUUCUUGGAUUAACACAAGCGACAAGGCUAUCAACCUCAGACACUAACAUGAGGUCAUAUUCACGAAACACAAACCAGUCGUCCUUUAUUCAACCAGGUGCCUUAAACUUUUAUUUUAAUCUUUGAUUGUAAAAUUCUACCUGUCUUCAUUUAGGGCAUGUUAACAUGAGCCUCAAUUUUGAGUUUUUUGAACCAAAUAGGUAACACUCAUAGCUGAGCUCCAUUUCCACCAAAGCUGUAGUAAAGCAAUCACAUCUUUAAACACCCAGGAAUGUAAACUUAUAACUGUAGAACCAUGUUGUCAUCUCCGUUCCUUUGAGACUUGAUAACCUUAAAUAUUCACUUGUUUGUAAAAUACUAAUGUUUCUACUUUCUGUAUUGUAAUACUGCACGUUUUCACUUAAUCAGUGCAGCUGGUUAGACUAGAGAUAGUUGGAAUAUCCUCAAUGCCUAAGAAGAUGAUCAUGUAUGCUGUAACUGCUCAGUAAUGUAUGUUGACAGGAUCUGAAUGGAGAUCGUUUGUUUCCUGAAGAAUCUCAAAGCUUGGUGAAAACUGAGAAUAUACUUUUCACACAGUAGAAACAAACAGUCUGAAUGAUUUAUUUCAAUAAAAUACAAUAAAUACAUUUAAAUUAU